UUCAUUCCUAAAGCCUCUACCAUCUCUAUAUAAACCCAAACAUUGCGAAUAACGCUUAUCAAUCUAUCAUUACAUUAAUUUACUUCUUCAGACUUCACAACCAUGGCCAUCAACAACUCAAGAACUCAAACUAAAAACCUCGUGUCUCUUUUUACUAUCAUCAUUUCCUUCCUCGGACUGACCCAAAACGUCAACUCAGCUUCUUUUUCAUUCUCCAGUUUUGGGUCGUACACAAACGCCAUUGCCCUCGAAGGUGAUGCCUCUUUUUCAGAAGGGACCAUAAAGCUUACACCUGUGACACAGAACAGCGCCGGCAGAGUGUCCUAUGCUGCACCCGUGCACCUUUGGGAUGCCAAAACUGGGAAGCUCGCAGGCUUCAGCACAAACUUCUCCUUUGUUGUGGCGCCAAACGGUCCUGGGCUCUUUGCAGACGGCAUUGCCUUCUUCCUCGCUCCGUUCAACUCCAUCAUCCCACAAAAUUCCAGUGGUGGAUUCCUUGGACUUUUCAGUCCUGACACUGCCCUAAACGUGUACCAGAACCAAAUAGUGGCUGUGGAAUUUGACUCCUUCAGUGGGAACCCCUGGGAUCCUCCCUCUGCCCAUGUAGGUAUUGAUGUUAACUCCAUUUCUUCGGUGACAACGGCGGCAUGGGAAACUGACAUUGCUGGGAAAGUGCUUGUUGCAUUCGCCAGUGUGAGCUAUGAUCCUGUGAAGAAAAGUUUAGACGUGCUUUUAACAUACCCUGGAAGCAAUGUGGAUGACACUAGUCUCUCGUUUGUGAUUGAUUUGAGGACUGUUCUGCCAGAAUGGGUUAGGAUUGGAUUCUCGGGAGCUACAGGACAAUUGGUUGAAAUACACAACAUUCUUUCUUGGACCUUCACUUCCAGCUACUACUAGAAUUGGUCCCUUAUGAUCAGUGGUGGGAAAGAGAAUAAGUAUCGUUUGAUUUCGUGCUUUUAUUAUUUUUAUUUCGAAGAAGCUUCUUUGUUGUUGGUUACUAUUAAGUUGCUUUUGUUGGUUAUUAUUAAGUUGCUAAUAAGUGACCUUUCUCCAC